AUGGCCGACAUCUACCUAAACCAGCGCAAGGAGAAACGUCUCUACAUUGCCUGCUAUCGGGAAAUGGUGGAGACCAUGGGCAACUCUCUGUCGCAACUUCUCCUUGGUGAUGCCUACAUGAAGAUCCAGGAUCCACAGAAGGCUAUUGAGGUCUACGAAGCUGUACUACGCAAAAACCCAGAUGACCUGACAUUGGCUAGUAAAAUGGGCGAAGCCCUUGUUAUGACGCAUGAGUAUGAGAGGGCGAUCGCGUAUUACGAGUCGGCGGUCCAUGGAGGCCAGUUAUCUCUCCAGUCCGACCUUAUCGUUCUUCUCAUUAAAUUGCGCCAAUUCUCCAAAGCCGAAGAAUUGUUAAUGGACAGUUACAACAGUCUAAUAGACAGUACGCAAACGGUUGAUCUUCAACGGUCGUCCGAUGUUCUCGUCCUCUUAGCUAUUAUCUACGGUCAGCAAGGAAGGCAAGAAGAGCAGCUGGAGACGCUCGAUCGAGCUAAACUCAAGCAAACGAGCAUAAUGCAGAGUGUUGGUGCCCAGGAGUCCUCCGACCUUGUCCGAGCCUGCAAAAGGAGUCUGGCAAGCAUCCUGAUCUGCAUGGCUCAAGCGCACCUUGAUGUACACCUAUCAACGGCCGACGGAGCACUAGAAAGCAAUUCACCGACACGUGAGAAGUCUCGGUUGAAAGACAGGGAGGACACCGGAGCCGGGGACGAGAACUCAGGGGAAGUACCUGCUGGACCACCAGACAACCUCGAGUCGGCAAUUAAAUGCUGUAACAUCGCGAUCAAGGAGAUAAAUUCUAUGCACCCACCAGACCUUCUUGAUCGGAUAAAGCACACUGCUGCACUGUCGCUUCUCGCUCGCUGUUAUCUCGCUUCCAGAGAUCGAGCGCCCUGCGAGCAGACGUGCCUGAAGCUCGCCAUGCUUCAGGAAGAACUUUUUCCCCAGCUGAAGCGUGACCGGCAAUAUACCCUGGAGGUACGUUUGGAAAUGUUUCAUCCACUGGUGGCUGACUGCACGCCUGGAGGUUCGACACAGUCUACGUACCCCGUGCGGAUAGGUGAUUGCGGCGUGAAGUUCGUACCAGCUGCUAUAAUUAUGUCCGACUUGCAGACGGCCGAGGGCAAUUUCGCCGGUGCCUGUCCGCAUUUGGAGAAGCACAUUGCGGAAGAUCCCGACGACGCCGAGGCCUUAAUUCGGUUAGUGAAAACCUAUCGUCGGAUGGGCCAGCUUUCAAAAGUCUCUGUUAUUCUUGAUAAACUGGACAAAGUAAUUCCAGCCAGUCAGACCAGCUCCGGUCACAAAUUUGCCAGGGGACUUUAUCAUUGGUAUGUCGGUGACAGCAACAGCGCACUCAAACACUUUAACUUAGCCCGCCUGGAUGCGACGUACAUGGAAGAGGCAACAUCCAACAUGGUGGAGAUCUGCCUAAAUCCAAACAACCGGGUGAUUGGCAGUCUGAUUUUCGACACGGAACGGCGAAUACCGUCGACGGACGUACAGCGCGCUGUCGAAGCUGGCAGUGAGCGCACCACCAGCGGUUACGGCGACAAUUCGGGCAUGGACGCC